AUAAGACGAGUGUGUAAAUCAAAGAAACGUGCUGGUGUGUGUUACGGAUGUUGGAGUUAAACCGUGUUUUAUAUAUAUAAAAAUAUAUUUAUCAUAUUUUAUUAUUUGUGCAUAGAACUUCGCGUUGAAAAAAACAAUGAAAGAAGAAAACAACACUGAGGUGAUAAACUCGGAGUCUCCGGUUAAAUACUACACACUAGAGGAAAUAACACGGCACAACUCGAGCAAAGAUGUCUGGAUCAUAAUCCACGAAAAAGUAUACGAUGUCACCAGGUUUCUGGAGGAGCACCCGGGAGGGGAGGAGGUAUUGCUGGAACAGGCCGCGGCAGAUGCCACGGAAAACUUUGAAGAUGUUGGCCACUCCACCGACGCCAGAGAGAUGCUAAAACAAUAUUUCAUUGGAGAAUUGCAUCCGGAUGAUCGGAAGAAGGAUAGCUCAAAGGGUGUCUUAAUCACAACAUCCUCAAGCCAAUCCAGUAUGUGGACUAACUGGCUCAUCCCAGCUCUUGCUGUUGUUGUUAUGGGCGUGAUGUACCGUUAUUACACCCUGGACAGCAAGUCAUCUUGAGCUCCCUCAUAUCUUCUCAUCCAGCUCUGUCUAUCUAGAGGCCUUGACAUCUUGGACAGAAGACCUUUCGGAUCACUCGCAGUGGAAAAUAUAUGUGGGAUGGGGGCUCCCACUUAUACUUCACGCUACAGUCAUUUGCAAGUUUACGCCAUUGAAACAUUCCUCACUGGCGUAGCCUUCUGCACACCACAUCCGAGCAGCGAUUUUGGGAUAGUAGGGCAGCUGUCUAUCAGUGUAUUCACCUCCCCCAUUACAGUACUUAUAAUGUGCAAGCACUCUUUAGAAAUACUGUAUUUGUAGACAGGUUGUUUCUGUAGCUUCCUCAAAGAUGUAAUAGCAAUUUGGUGUGUUUUGUUUUUAGCCAGAUCUUUAUUUUGCACUCUGUUUUAUGAAUGUAUUUUAUUUGUAACAUGCAAUUGCAUUGGAUGGAUAUAUUAUAUUGGGGCUGAUUUUUGUUGCUGUUGCUAUAUGUAGAACUGUGACCUAUACGUGCUCACUAAGUGCAGUUUUCAUUUUAAAACAAAACUGAUCAUACAAUGAAAGCCAUAGCUGUAAAAAUAGUUUUUUUUUUAUAAAAGAAACUGUAGUCUAAUUUUAAAUUAUAUAAACAUUGUCAUACCUCCCUGGAGUUGUUGUUGUUAUAUUUUUAAGAGGGUAGAUUUACUGACAUUCUGGAGUAUGCAUUUUAGGUCAGCUAUUAGGAUCUGACACUGUUUGAUCACCUUUGAACAUUAUUAUAAUUCACUCCUGGUCACCUGGGGGAGAUUUCAUACAGAUGCAAAUAUGAAAAGAUUGAUGUAUUUUUCAAAUGGAAAAUAUCAGGUUUAUAUUGUCUUUCUUUUUCUCUUAUUAAUGUGUUGAUUUAUCUAUUUUUAUGAGUGUCAAUUAAUAAUAAAUGACAUUAUUGUCAAAUUCAUAUAUUUAAGUAGACUAUAUUUCUUCUAUUAAUAUGUUUUUAUAUAUAAUGUGCGUAUUUCUUUCUUGACUGAAGUAACCCAAAUGAGCAAAUCGUUACAAAGAGAAGAAAAAAGUACUUUCAAUAGCAAAUCAACCAUGUUUUCCAAGGGAUCUCUAAACUUACUUCAGGUUCCCUAUGCAACAGUGGUACACUCCAAAAUAGGUGAAAACAGUGAAAUUGCAUCAUGUUUGCCCUACUUGCAUGGUCUUUAUUGUCUUUUGCAUCCUUCUGUUGUUCAGUUAUAUUGUACAUCUUUGAAAAUCAAUGGCAUAGUUGUGUAAACUGUAUUAUAUUUUCAAAUGCUGUGACUGCUACAUUUUAUACUGAAAAUUAAAUGAUUUCAGUCUCUGGU